UUCUAUACUAGUGGGUGCAACAGAGUCGAGAUAACUUAAAAAUCUCUUUAGAAUAUGCCAAUAUCCCGUAAAUAUAGGGGUCUAAUAUAUCUCUUUAGGAUUAUGAAAGCUUCAUGUUUAUCUCUAAUAUAUAUAUAGCCACAAGAGAGAGGUUCACUUGCUUAUACAUCGACCUCGACGAUCGUUUUCGACUUUACAGUUUCAUCAGCAACAAGAGAUGCAGAGGCCACAAUCCCAUACAACGCAGCAACAACAGUCUGUGCAGACUCCUCAGCAACACCAGUUGUUGGCUUCUCAUUUUAAUAUCUAUCCGUCGGUGGAAAGUUUAACAGAUGCGAUUGAAGCUGGAACACGAGAUCACAACUCUGAUUCCCUGGUGACUGAAGUGAGUAGCCAUUUCGACAAGCGUCAACAGAUUUUGAAUUCGAUUUCUAGAUCCCUAGGAUCUAAAACUAAUAAGUAUGUUGAUGGACAAAAGCAAAAUCUAGAAGAAAGUGAGCAAUUGCUUCAACAAAGAAAGGAACUGAUGGAGGAAUAUAAGAAAGCUGUUGAAGAGAUUGUGAAGAAAGAGCCUUAGUUUCAUAUAAUUCUCCCAAUAUGUUUUGAAUAUUCAGUUUACUUAUUCAGCAAAUUAAGUGCUAAAUACCAAGACUUGUAAACAAUAGAAUCCCAAUCUUAAACCACACAAAGGAUUAGGAAGAAGAGGAAGAGGAAGACUCUGAUUGAACUAUAUAUAUUAGCUCUAAUGAUUUAAAGUCCUCUUAUAAGCUUAUAUCCAGUGUUCUAAAAAGCGGUCUAGGCGGUCGCCUAGGCCCCGACUAGGCGCUAGGCUCUCAUGCGACGCCUAGAUA